AUGCAAUCCCAUAUGGCAGCGAAACGCGCUCAAGGUCGCCGUCACGGCUCAGAAUUGGCUGGUGGUCAGUGGUCUUCUCGUCCGUCUAUUGCUCCAGUUGUUGAUUUGAAACAACGUCAUCCUGCCAAUGCUGACGGUUCUUAUAGAUUCAAUCAACAAACUGGUCGUUUGGAACGUGUUGGACGAACUAGCGGUGUGCUCCUGUCGAACUCGGCACUACCAAAUGGUGGUAUACUCUUCGGAGAGCCGAAUCUGUCCCUGGGGGUAGUUGAUGAGUACAAUCCUCUGGUACCCAACGAUUAUGAUGAACUGGCUCGCCAAAAACGCGAGAGGCGUCGCGCUGAAGAAGCUGCUAUCGCUGCAAGUUCGAAUCGUAAUGAUCACGGUGAUCCCUCUGGAAUGUGUCGUCGCCCGGACUUCUCUGAUGAAGAGGAUGAGGAUGAAGAUGAUGGAGCUGAACCGACCGCAGCUUCUGGCGCUCGUCGACGCCGUCCACCUCCGCCCCCAUCCAAAGGAGCUGCUAUCGCCCCGCCAUCUGUACUUCUUGAAGAUACUACCAUAGAACCUGGCUCUACAGAAACAGAAGAACCAGAACCCAGUUCCGCAACUAGUUUGUUUGGCAUUAAUGCUGUUGCGGCCAAGAUGAUGGCUCGAAUGGGUUAUCGGGAAGGUCAAGGUUUGGGGCGAGAGAGUCAGGGUAUGUCCACCGCGUUGGUAGUUGAGAAGACCAGUCGCCGUGGAGGAAAGAUUAUUCACGAGCGAGACCAUCAGCGUCAACAAGCCAAUAUUGCUGCUCCAAUUCCAAUCCCGCCUGCCGAUGCGGCGGCUGAGGAGACUAUUACUAAUUUACCCCUUCCAGAAAAUCGAAGUUGUGUUAUCUUACUGCGGAAUAUGUGUGGUCCGGGAGAGGUAGAUGAUGACUUGGAGCCGGAGACUGCUGAAGAGUGCGCAAAAUAUGGUAAAGUCGUGUCUUGUAUGAUUUUCGAACUACCCGAAUCUCCCGAUGAUGAAGCUGUGCGCAUUUUCGUUGAAUUCGACUCUGACGAUGCGGCCACUAAGGCUGUGCUCGAUCUGAACGGUCGUUUCUUUGCCGGGCGGGUAGUGAAAGCCGGAUUCUACGAUGCGGAAAAAUUCCGCAAUUUGGAAUUAAACGAACCACCUAUUUCCGCCUGA